CCUGUUCCCCUUGUAGUGGGUGUCAACAUGGAAGGCUCUUCAUUGUCUCCUGCAUGUGCCAAUGAAGCAAUCACCCAAGUGGUGGACACUGUUUUAGAAUGUCAAAGAUGUGAGAGACUUGUUCCUUUGCCAAACCAACUGGAGAGAUUGAUCUCUCAAUCAAAAAUGAGGGCAUUCUCCCAUGAUUUCCAGACUAUUUCUGUGCCAGUGGGGAAGAGUCUUUCAGACUCCAUUCUCUGCAAGUUACCGGCCAGAGCUGAGAGACAGAAUGAAGCUCCACCUGCAUUUAUUUACGGAUAUGUAGAGCAGGCUGUGAAGCAACUCGUGUCAUCGUGGUUGUUGCCCUCAGCAUCUACUGAGGACCAAGAAUGUUCCCCGCAGAACCUAGAGACCUCAACAUCACCCUGUAUGCUCACAGAAGUGAUGGUCAAAGAGGUGGUGACUCUCUCUACAGAGUUUGAGGGAAAUGCUGCUUCUGCCAACAGUGACAACUUCAAGUAUGACUAUGCCUCCCUAGUCUCCAUGUUGGUCAUUCGACUUUUGAAGAAAGUUGACAGCUUACGCACUCCCAGCACCCAUCAGGACGGAGUUCCGGAUAAAGUUCUGGAUAUCUCCAGACAAUUGAUCCAGAAGAUUCUGUGUGAGCUUGACACACGUUUUGGUAUCGCAGGUGAUGAAAGUCAUCCGCAGCAAGUGAAUUUUCACCUGAUGUACCGAAAUGUGUACAAGGAUCUUACUAAAGAGUUUGGGUCUGAAGAUGUGCUGUGUUCUGCCCUGGAAUCAGAAGAUCCAUCUUUUGAGUCUUCUCUUGUGGAGAAAUUGACAGGAGAGAUUGUAAAAACUUGUAGCCAAACAAACGUAGCAGCUUCUGAACCCAGGAUCUCAACAAUUAAAGCUGCAACUGGACUCCAGGAAAAUACCAAAAAGAAAAUUAUUCCAUCCUGGCUGAAGAUGGCUAAAUUCAGUUGGAAGAAAUCAAAGAAUGAAGCACAAAGUCUUGACGGUGAGGGCUCUCUUAUUCCAAGCACAAGUACCUCUCAGGUUCAGGCCAUGAAGACCGAGCUAAGGGAGACUCUGGCCGAGGUCACCAAGGCUCCUGAGUGUGCAGCCAGCCGUCUGGAGAUGGCUCAGGACGAAGAGACCACAGGGUGCUGUUUCUUCAAGAUGCCCAAAUUCAAGUUCUCCUUCAAGAAAAUAAUGAGAGGAGCUAAAGUUGGGCAUUACCACAAUACCUCAUUUGAAGAGCAGAACAGUAAUGUGCCAGACUGUGAGACUCCGCUGAAGGAGGAGCAGGAUUAGAUUGCAUCUGGGCUUGCCAAAACAUCAUGUCCAGAGAUGGGACUUUCUGACUUAAG